GCACCCUCGAGCCAACCAACCAGCCAAACCCAUCGCCACGAGCCAAAAUCCCCCUCGCUCCGUCCACCCGUCCAUCCCUCUAUCCCUACUUCCUACUUGUUCCCUCCUCAUCAUCGACCUCCAUACCUUGCUGUGUGUUGCCGUCAUUAGUCUGUAGCCCGUGCCGGCGGUUCUGCCAGGGCGAUUCCGCGCUGCGCAACACACCCCGGCUCUUCUGCCGGCCAACGAAUGACAAUUCGACGGCGCCAAUCCUCUCGCUCUAUUGACAGGCUACACCCCAUUCAGCCCUUUUGUUCCUCGCGCCCACUGAGGGAUUGCCACACACUGCUGGUGUGCACGCCAACCGCGUCCGUCGGGCUCUGCCACGCUGGCAUGGAUGGACUCCCUCUUCGCGGGGUGUGUCUGAUUUGCUCGCUGCGAGGAUUGGGUUUGUCGUCGUUCGCGUACUCGUUCGCUCGAACCUGGGCGCGGCGCCUCGCACACCGACCUCUCGCGUUUCAUGUUCGGGGACGGUAUGCAGAGCUUCUCCGUCCAGUUGGACCUUCUAGAUCGUGCCUGCCAGGUAUGCACAGAUCGCAUCGUACCUCGCUACCACCCGAGACAAAUCGCAGAGCUGUACAUGACAGGUUCUCGAUGUUGAUCAUCAUCUGCCUCCCAGACCAAAGCCAUGCCCUGGGCGGUUCCUAGUCCGACGUCUGCGCAUAGAAAGAGGUGUGUCGGUACGUAGUGAGGCUCCACACACCGGCCACAUGCACAUCUGAACUCAAUUUGAUUUUCCUCCGAUGGUAUGCAUUCUAUUCUGUUCUCGUGGAGGGAUUGUCUUGAUCACAAGCAUAUGCACAUUCGUAUUCAUAUCU